AUUUUCUGUACAAGAAGAAAAGUAAACCGGAAGCGACGACCUCAGGAGCUGAGCAUGAUUUUGUAUGCACCAUUUUUAAGAAACUAUUUUAUUCUUAAAUGAAAGAUAUAUCAGUUUGAUAAGUUUUUAACUGAUAUAAUACACUGUUGAAUACAAAUGCCUGUUAUUUUACGGAUUGACUUUAGGCUUCAGAGAUAGUUUUAUCCACUGUAAUGUAAUGUAAUGUUAAUGAAGUUGGGAUCAUCACUAGAGGAAUUUCCUGUAGAUUAUUAUGGCCCAAGUAAAAGAUGGAGGAGUUGGGUCAUCAGCCCCUCAGUUUCCUCAUCAGUCCACAGAUUCAUGUGAAAGGAUUUUGUCAGAAGAAGAGAUGGAAAAGCUGAAGAAUGAGCAGGUUCUGGUGUCAGACUUUAAGCAGCAGAGGUUGGAGAUUGAUGCUCAGAAAAACUGGGAUUUAUUUUACAAAAGGAAUACUACAAACUUUUUUAAAGACAGACAUUGGACUACAAGGGAAUUCGAGGAGCUUAAAGCUUGCAGAGAGUUUGAGGCCCAGAAGCUGGUGAUGCUGGAGGCAGGAUGUGGAGUUGGAAACUGCAUCUUCCCUUUGUUGGAAGAGGAUCUCAACAUCUUUAUCUACGCAUGCGACUUUUCACCUCGAGCUGUACAGUUUGUGAAAGAAAACUCUCUGUACUGUCCAGAGCGAUGUCUGGCAUUUCAGUGUGACUUGACUAAAGACGACCUCCGUGCCACCAUUUCAGAAAACAGUCUGGAUGUUGCCACUCUGAUAUUUGUCCUGUCAGCUAUUCACCCUGACAGAAUGCACCAAGUCGUGGAAAACAUUUAUCGGGUGUUAAAACCAGGAGGAAUUGUCUUGUUCAGGGAUUAUGGCCUCUAUGAUCACGCCAUGCUGAGGUUUAAGUCAGGGAGCAAGCUUGGGGAGAAUUUCUAUGUCAGACAGGAUGGCACUCGAUCCUAUUUCUUCUCCCGAGAGUGUCUGGCCAAUCUGUUUCAGCAGGCGGGGUUUCAGACUCUUGUAAACGAAUACGUGCUGAGAGAAACUGUGAACAAAAAGGAAGGACUGUGUGUUCCACGAGUAUUUCUCCAGAGUAAAUACCGCAAGCCUGAAUGACUGUGGUUUUAUCAGUGCUUUAUAGAUAAAUACAUGUAAUUCAGUGAAUAUAGACCAUAUUUUUAUGCAUUGUAUGAGUCAGUAUCACUUUUAUUAAUUGAAUGAACUUUGAUUGAGUAUCAAAUAAAUUAAAUGUUUUGUAUGAUC